UCCUUCAUAUUAAAAACCAAAAUAACUUCAUAAAUUCCACUACCUUCCCCCACUUCAUACCAACUCUUUCCCUCAAAACUUUUUUUUCUUUUUCCACAUUGAACAAAUAUCUGUUUUUUUCUUCUUCUAUAUGAUUAAAACUUAGUUAGCUCAAAAAGGGUUAUUUUUUUCUUUGAAAAUUAUAAGUUAUUUUUUGCCUUUUUGGUAAUGGAAGAUAGGCUAUACAAAAGUUCAUUUUUUCAUAAGCAAGAAGAUUCCACCGGAACUCCGCCGGAUAAUGCUGCUGAUUCUUGUUUUUCCGGUGAUGAAGCGGCUGAAGUUAACAUGCCAUCACCUAGAAAAAGUAGGAGAGGAGCAAAAAGGAAAGUAAUAUCAGUGCCAAUAAUUGAAGCUGAUGGAUCAAGGAGUAAAGGAGAAGUUUAUCCACCACCAGAUUCUUGGUCUUGGAGGAAAUAUGGACAGAAGCCAAUUAAAGGUUCACCUUAUCCCAGGGGAUAUUAUCGAUGCAGUAGUUCCAAAGGCUGUCCCGCCAGAAAACAAGUCGAACGUAGCUGCCUCGACCCCACCAUGCUCCUCAUCACCUACUGCUCCGAUCACAACCACCAACUCCCCGCCGCCACCGCCACCAAACACCACCAUACCGCCGCCGCCGGCGCUACUUCACCAUCCACCUCCACCGGCACCGCCGUAGACAUCAACCCUUCCGCCGCCUCCGACACGGCCAAAAAAUCGUCACCGGAAGAGCACGAGACGAAUAUAUUUGCUGGAUUCUCGGAGUUCGCCGGUGAAUUAGGUUGGUUUUCAGAUAUGGGAACCAGCACGUUAAUGGAGAGUGCUUCGACUUCGGCAACAUCCAUAGUGGGGUCCACAUGGAAUGAUAGUGACGUGGCAUUAAUGUUGCCGAUUCGGGAAGAGGACCAGUCAUUGUACGGUGAUCUCGGUGAGUUGCCGGAAUGUUCGUUUGUUUUCCGGCGGUAUAGUGUCGAAACUACCUGUUGUGGCGGUACAGGAUAAUUAUCCACGUGUCAAUUUUUCAUUGGUUUGGUGUUGUCAUACAGGAGAUACAAAAAGUUCUUUUUUUCUUUUUUUGGUUCCACGUUUUUUAUGAUGUUUUUUUUUUUUAAUAUUUUAUUUUGAUGUAAAGAUUUGGUAGAUUAAGGAAAAAACAAAAAAAGAGAAGAAAAUAUACUUUGAUUUUAUUUUAUUUGAAGCUUUGAGCUGCUUUUGAUGAAGUUGAAACAUAAUACAGACUCCCCAAGGAA